UUUCCGAGUGUAAACAAUAAUUAGCUCUGCUUUAGACUUCAGGUGCCAUCGGCGGCGCCUCGAUGCGUUAGUCGCAAUCAUGGGCCUCCAACGAGAGUCUAAGUUCUUCGUCCUAGUUUCGCUGCUCUGCAUCGUUCAUGCCCGCAGCAAAAAAGCAGUUGACGAGGACGGGUUCCAAUGUCCAAACACGGGCACGGCGUUCAAUACCACCCUCGCCGCGUACUUUCCUGAUUAUGAAUCCGGCCAGAAAUCUGAUCUGGUAGAUUCUCGCGGCAAAAAAUUGAGAACAUUACAGGAUUUCUUGGACGACAGGGCAGAAUACGUGACGGCAUCGAUGGACGCUGAGCUUCACAUUGAAUAUGGCACUCAGUUGUGCCUGCCUGAGCUCAACCAUCAUUUCGGACGCUUCAUACCAAUCGAGGUAAGAGACUCAUCUAUAGAACUUACAGGACUGGGAUUUGGUCGAGUUGAUAUCUGCGUAAGAACCGAAGAGGACAGUUACGACAAUUCUGUCAAUCGAGACUUGACUACUGCAAUUCUGCAAGAGUGAACAUUAUGGAUGAAGGUGCAAAGUAAGUAAUGCUGGCAUGUGCAAUUAAAAAGUGUACUUAUUUAAUGUAGGGCAAGUGAUUAGAGAGGCCACUUUUGUAAAUAGUUUAUUUAAAGCUGAAUUGAAGCAGCAUUUUAAUGUGGCAAGGUAACUUAGAAUAUGUCUUUAUUUCUGUUUGUCCUCAUGAUUUUUCCACUAAGAUACAGUAUUUGUGCUAUUUUUUAGAUUUUUGAUUUACAAUAAAUAUUUAUGAAGUUUUCUAUCUACGGUUACUCAUAAUUUGUUGGCAUUCCUAGAGAAGGAUAAUUUUGAGGGAUAAGGAGCAGCUAACCACAUGCAACAAUAACCAUUCUGCUGUGGUAUGCUCUGAAAGAUUCCUGCGCAUUUGACUACCUUCUAUAUAACAUAAGGUCAAUUUGGAUGGUUCUUGAUGCACCAUUCUGAGGAAUAUGAUUCAGUUUUUUGUUACUAAUUAUUUCAUGUAAAGCAUUCGGAAUACAAUUACUUUUUCAAAGGAGAAAUUACCUGCUGCAAAUACUUUGGAUUCUUGGGGUGUUCCAUUUAAAUGUCCGUUUGAGGAUCGGAUUAGUUCAUCAAGUGAAGCAGUGCGGCACUUAACCAAAAUUUCUCUUUUAUGCAUGAAAAAGUCAAUUCCCUUAAAAUGAAAAGCUUAUUCUUUGUAACAUAGACACUGAAUAGUUUUGGCUUCUUAUAAUCUCUACAGUGCUCCUUCUACAGUCAGUCGAAGCUGCAGAUUUUCAUUAGUUCGGGGAUGUUGUCAUGAAUAGCUGUUUAGCAGAAGCAUUUUGCAAGCUGCUGAAAAUAGAUAAAAAGUCAAUGUUCCAGAUUUUCCACACUUCGACUGAUUGAGGGAAGAUGGCUGAUUUGGUGGUUGUCAAGGCAACAGUUGUGUGGUAUAUAAUUUCUUAUACAGCUUGUUUGGAAAUAUUACUUUGUCAAUGGAACGGUGAAUAAAAUCUGGAGGGAAGCAAUGAUGAUUUAAUAUUUUCAUGGUAAUCUAACAAAUUAAUUGAUAUUUUAGAAUGCUGCUGCUUGAAUAUUCAUAUUCAUAUGCUAAGUACGCGCAAAGUUGUUGAAAGAAGUUUUGAAAAACAAAUUUCAUCGUCUCAACUAAAAUGAAUACACUGUUCAAUUUUUUUUUAAAAACCAACAAAAUUUAUUGUAAUCCCAAUAAAGCCUUUGAACAAAGUUUAAAAUGUACCAACCAAAUGGAAUCCAUUGGUCUCACAUUCAAACAAGCUAAGUCCUAAGGUUAAAUCCUUGAACAUGACAUCAUUCAAAAUGUACUAUUCAUUCUUAUUGAUAAUUAACUUAUACCUUAAACUUGAUAAUUCAACACAUUAAACAAAUAUCAAUUUUAGA